AUGCAAAGGUAACCUUCCAGCUUCUGGAGAAAUACCCGCACCUGGCAGACGUUAUAGGGACUGGAGUUGAUUCGUGGAAGAUAGCGCUGCGGAACAAAUUCAAAAAUGCACGAAGAAAAAUGACUGGAGAUGCGCGCAUUGAGGAGAAUAGGAAGAGGUUUGCUGCAAAGAAAAGAUCUAGUGGACCUGAUGAUGAACUGCGAAGGAAGAAGGGGAAAAUGAGCACCAAUACUGUUUUUCCAUUUGGAGAAGAUGAAACCAGCCUCGUGGCACAUGAAACAUGGCUUCUUGCCGAGUCUGGGAAACCUUUGCCAAACGAGAAAGAAAUGGAAUCAAGGAUGGCAUUGACAGCACAAAGAAGAAUUGCAAGCAUAGCAAGAAUGAGCGUCAUCGACAUGAAACAAAAGUUUCCUUAUUUAAUGGACUCGCGUCGGUUUAUCAAGGACUUCGAAACGCUUGUCAAGGAAGAAGUGAGGCCGAAGAUGUCUACUGGGAUAGAUAAAAUAGUCGAGCUUGCCAUGAAAAAGCAUGUGAAAUGCAGGGAGGAUGAACUGCGCUUGCUGCUGGAAGCCUCUGAAAUGGAUGCAGGAAAACUUCGAACACGUCAUAUACAGACUGUGGCAGUGCUUCAGAUUCUGGCCCAGAAUGUCCGAGAAUGUGCAGCGGUACGUAUUCUAUUUGUACAAGAAGUAAAUUUUUUAUUGUGCUGAUGUUACUGGAUGUGUACUAAAGAAUAAGUUCUGUAUCCUAGUGCAAUGGUAGUCUGUCUCCAGUGACAAGCCAAGCUAUUGCCUCUGCUUUAGCUGCAGCAUUGCAGACAAUGUUU